AUGCUCGCGACGUCCACCGCGCGCGCGUCCGCGGUCUCCGUCGCCCGACGCGACGGCGCCCGCGCGGGGCGAUCGACGGCGACGGCGACGGCGACGCGCUCGUUAUCCGCUCGCGGUGGACGAAGGACGACGACGACGAACGACGUCGCGCGCGAGCGUCGCCCGAGGUCGCUCGUGGUGAAGAACGCGAGUGCGCCCUCGCGUGGGUCCAGGACGACCGCGCGAGCGACGAGCGGGACGGUGGCGACGCCGGAGGGCGACGAAGGGACGGGCGGAAACGCGGGUCUGGUCGCGCGCGUCCGAGCGAUCGCCUUCUUCGUCACCUCGUUCACGCUCGCGGUGCCGCUCAUCAUGAUCAUGGCGAUCAUAUUCCCGUUUCAGUACGCGUUCGAUCGAACGCGAAGGCGGGCGCUGAGUUUCUUCAACGACGUCUGGGCGACGGUGUCCACUGGGUUGUUCUUUCCGAUUGAAGUCGUCGGACGGGAGAAUUUGCCGAGCGCGACGACGGCGGCGGUGUACGUCGCGAAUCACGCGUCGUUCAUGGAUAUUUAUUCCAUGUUUCACCUGCGACGCCCGUUCAAGUUUGUGUCCAAGACGAGCAACUUUUUGAUCCCCGUCGUCGGGUGGUCGAUGUAUCUCACGGGACACAUCCCUCUGAAGCGCAUGGAGCGUCGAUCGCAAUUGGAAGUUUUGAAGACGUGCCGCGAGAUGCUCGCCGACGGUGGUUCGGUUCUUUUCUUCCCGGAAGGGACGAGAAGCGCCGAUGGGAAGAUGCAGGCGUUCAAGAAGGGAGCGUUUAGCGUCGCGGCUAAGGAAAAUGUCCCAGUGGUGCCCGUCACCAUCGUCGGAGCGCACGAGGCCAUGGCGAGCGGUAAGGAGUACGCGCUCAACGCGGGUGGGAUCAAGGUGAUCGUGCACCCACCGAUUCAAUCCACCGACGCCGACGAUCUCUGCAAGCGUUCCGAGGCUAUCAUUAAGGAGAGCCUCGUGAACAACUCGUGA